AUGGCUCAUCUGUUGCAACAAGCAUGUGUGCAACCAAGAGAAAGUGCAAAGAGGAUACAGCCGCUGCUGUUUGUCGUGGACAGCAUUCUCAAGAAGGUGGGCAAAGACUACAAGGUCCACUUUGCAGAUCGCCUUCCUGAGGCACUAGGUGUUGCCUGCCAGAAGAUCGACCGUGAGGGCCAUGCCUGGCUCAAGAAGAUGGUGGAUGAGUCCUGGCGCAAGCACGAGCUUCUGCCGCUUGGCGUCUUUGACAAGCUCAAAGUCGUUUUCCAGCCGCAGGCGGCUGCUCCGCUUAUGGGCCACGUUGGUGUAGCGGCAAUGUUCCAGCAGCAUGCGCAGGCUGCUCCACCACCUCCGCCGCCUGUGGCGCAGGCCAUACCUCAAGCACCAGCUCCAGCGCAGCAGGCCGAUGUCUCAUCCUCACUGGCCUCCAUGGCACUGGAAUCAGACGAGGUUGUUGAGCGUCGGCUGCAGAUCCUGACGAAGGUCAUCGAGCGCAAGCCGGCGGAGGCUGAGGAGUUGCAGGAGAUCAUGAAGGUGCCGGAGAUUCGGAAGGCCAUCGCCAUGCAGCAGAAAAACCAGCGGCAAGAGGCAAUGGCCCUGCUCUCCAAAUUCAAGCAGGAGUUGGAGCGAAGGCACCAAGAGAUCCUGUCCGAGCGUGACCCACGGCUUCGCACUGAGCAGAAGCGCAGCGACGCCAAGGAUCCGCGACUGCAGGACAAGAAGCCACAGGAUCCACGGCAGGCUGCGGAGGGCAAAGGCCCCGUGCGGCCUGCGGAUCCACGGCGCCAGGCUGAUGCGGAGGCUUCCAAGGCGACCGCAUCAGAACCAGCAAAGAAACGCGUGAAAGUGGAGGGUGAUGCCGACGUUACCACCGUCGUCAGUGAUGAUGAGGUGGAAAAGAUAGCGGACGACGAGGACAUGCCACUGGUCCCAACCAGGCAGUUUUUGCAGGGCAUGCCCUCGCUGGGCUUCUCGGAGGCCUGGCUUCGGCAGUUCAUGUCCCAGAUGCCGAGGAAAGGCGAGGCCAGGGAGCGGCGACGGCAGCCAGUCGGACGAAAAAUCCUUGGCGCCGCUGGAGAGCAGAUGGUCUACGUGGAUGCCAUGUCUCCGGGUGAAAUGCUGCUGCUGAUGCAGUUUGUAUUCAUGCUGGAGGAGAAGCUGCGGUCUACUGGCCGAUCUGUGGACCUCGCACAGCGGGUCUCGCACAGCUUCAGCUAUCUUCAGGUCGACCUGGCGGUUGACGUGAUGUUGAAGUGGGUCUUUGAUGGGCUGCCCUUCCAGUGUGGCACGACAGGACUCCGCUUCUCCACCCGCGAGAAGCUGCGGCGGCAGAACGAAAGCCUCAAGAAAAGGAAAGAGCUCAGGCAGAUGAACUCUGAAGCUAGAGGCUGGAUGGACUCCAUCCCGGACUGGGUCGGCAACCGUGACCUUGUCGUGGGCCCUGCGCUCUUCCGGCUCGGGGGCGCCGAGGUCGGCAAGGCCUCGGCUGUGGAGGCUCCGGUGAUGGAGGAAUUGCCCGAAGAGCGCUGGGAGGCAGCGGCAGCAUCGGCAGCUGAGACUUCGUUGUUGCAUGUCUCCUGCACCUUGGGGGGCAGGUGCCAUGUGAUGAGCGCAGAUCUGCCCAGUGCUUGGUGCUAA